UUGUAAAGACAAACUUGUCCACAUUUGACAAAAAGUGGGUGCGCGCAGUAGUAUUGGAGGUGUGCGGUGCAUCACCCAAAAACAAUUUGCUUUUCUCCCUGCGCAAUCCAUCGGUCUGAGACACAGCCUGUCUUCUCUCAACCCUGUAUGUACCUUCGCACCGCCAUCAUCGAUGUUGCGCCAAACCGUCGGCCUGCUUCACCGCCUCUUCGCUCGCCUCGCCUCGCCGAACAGACCGAUGCCUCACCUCGCCGCACAUGUUUCCGUCUCUCUACCUCGCCUCGCCGCACAGGCCGCCACUUGUCCGACUUGUUGUGUCUCACUGCUUCGCACAGGCCGCCGCCUUGCCUCGUCGCACAGGUUGCCUCUGUGCCUCGCCUCGCCACACAGGCAGUUGCCUCUUUGAAUCCACUGGUCGUGCCUCCUUUUUCCUCCAAUGCUAGGACCAUAAGAUCUAAAAUGGCGACCAGCAAGCGGCUAGAUCUGGGGGAGGGCGACGGCUAGGGUUCACUGGCGGUGGUCGUGGCUGGGUCGGGCUGACAAAGGUGAGGCUGGGAGGGGUGGGUUGGGGCUGAUUAGGGUGGUCCGAGGUUGUGUGCGGUUGGAGGGGGCGGAGUUGGUCGGCGGCAGAGCAAGAUCUGUCUUUGGCAGUGACAGAGAGGAGCUUGACCGGGGCUGGAAGGGGUCUGGGGUCUGUGGAGUUAAGUCCGGGUGGCCUUGCAAUGGUGGUUGGGGAGGUUUGGGGUGUGGGGAUGGUGUUGGUGGUCACUGGGAAUUGGCGGCGGCCGUAGCCGACUGGAGUAUGGUAGCCGCGACUGUGACGGGAAGGGGCGGUGGGGAAGGCGCAUUUGUAAGGCGGUGCUGGCGGGCACAUAGGCUGGAGGCAGGUAGCAUACCGUGGGAUCAUCUCACGGUGACCAUGGUGCUCCACUCAAAAAACGACGUAGCUUUGCACAAUUUUUUUAAAAAAAAAUUGCGUGAAUAAUACAUACGUGAACAGUACAUGCGUGAACAGUAACUGCUUUUUCUUUUUUUGUCCCAGUAGCAUGAAUGAUGUAAAUCGCGAGUAAAGAUAUGUAACUUACGUUAUUGAUAAUGUAAAUCAAGUGCAUUCAAAAUGUAACUUGUCAAAUACAUAGUAUUAGAAAUACAAUAUUGAUUUCAAUGUAAACAAUGAAAAAAAGAAUCGAAUUUCAAAAUUGCUUUAGGUAAAUUGUGAACAUGUUUUGUUUUUA